AUGUCAAUUUUACUAUUACGAAUUCUCCUACUGCCAUCGUGUAUUUCAUUUGUUAUGGCACAAUGUGCUGCGACGAUAAACUCGGAAAAAAGAACGGAAAAUGAAGAAAACGUUUCUGUUCCGGAAAAGUUUGAAGAUUUGCCAAUUCAAGAAGCCACAGACACGCCUGAUAAAUUAGAAAGCAACAAUUUUGUUCAGGAAGAGAUCAAACCAGAGCAAUACGCAAAAGAUGAACAAAACUUGCCAAUUCAAAGAAUCAUAAACACACCCGAUGAAGAAAGUAGUCCGGAAAAGGUCGAAAAUCUGAAAUUCAGUACGGAUCAACCGAGUUUGGAUUCUGAAAAGAACACAGCUGCGCCAUAUGAAGAAGGCACCGACGAUUCCGUUUCGAAAACAGUCGACCCUAACGGAAUCACAAAUAAUGAACAGAGUUUGCAGACUGAAGUGAGCACAGACACGCCCGACAAAGUAAUAGGCGAGAAUUUUGUUUCGGAAAAGAUCGAACCCGAAAAAUUCGCAAGAGAUGAAGCAAAUUUGCAGACUGAAUUGAACACGGACAGGCCCGAUGAAAUACUGGGCGAGAAUUUCGUUUCAGAAAAGAUCGAACCAGAGAAAUCCACAAAAAUUGGAGCGAAUUUGCAAAGUGAAGGCACCACGGAUACCGCCGAUGGAGACAAAGAUGGGGAAAAGGUUGAACCUCAGAAAUUCAGUACGGAUCAACCGAGUUUGAAUUCUGAAAAGAACACAGCUGCGCCAUAUGAAGAAAGCACAGACGAUUCCGUUUCGAAAACAGUCGACCCUAACGGAAUCACAAAUAAUGAACAGAGUUUGCAGACUGAAGUGAGCACAGACACGCCCGACAAAGUAAUAGGCGAGAAUUUUGUUUCGGAAAAGAUCGAACCAGAGAAAUCCACAAAAAUUGGAGUGAAUUUGCAAAGUGAAGGCACCACGUAUACCGCCGAUGGAGACAAAGAUGGGGAAAAGGUCGAACCUCAGAAAUUCAGUACGGAUCAACCGAGUUUGAAUUCUGAAAAGAGCACAGAUGCACCAUAUGAAGAAAGCACAGACGAUUCCGUUUCGAAAACAGUCGUCCCCAACGGAAUCACAAAUAAUGAACAGAGUUUGCACACUGAAGUGGGCACGGACACGCCCGACAAGAUAAUAGGCGAGAAUUUUGUUUCGGAAAAGAUCGAACCCGAGAAAUCCACAAAAAUUGAAGCGAAUUUGCAAAGUGAAGAGACCACGGAUACGGCCGAUGGAGACAAAGAUGGGGAAAAGAUUGAACCUCAGAAAUUCAGUACGGAUCAACCGAGUUUGAAUUCUGAAAAGAGCACACAUGCGCCAUAUGAAGAAAGCACAGACGAUUCCAUUUCGAAAACGGUCGAUCCCAACGGAAUCACAAAUAAUGAACAGAGUUUGCACACUGAAGUGAGCACGGACACGCCCGACAAAGUAAUAGGCGAGAAUUUUGUUUCGGAAAAGAUCGAUCCAGAGAAAUCCACAAAAAUUGGAGCGAAUUUGCAAAGUGAAGACACCACGGAUACGGCCGAUAGAGACAAAGAUGGGGAAAAGGUUGAACCUCAGAAAUUCAGUACGGAUCAACCGAGUUUGAAUUCUGAAAAGAACACAGCUGCGCCAUAUGAAGAAAGCACAGACGAUUCCGUUUCGAAAACAGUCGACCCUAACGGAAUCACAAAUAUUGAACAGAGUUUGCAGACUGAAGUGAGCACAGACACGCCCGACAAAGUAAUAGGCGAGAAUUUUGUUUCGGAAAAGAUCAAACCCGAAAAAUUCGCAAGAGAUGAAGCAAAUUUGCAGACUGAAUUGAGCACGGACAUGCCCGGUGAAAAAGGUAGCGAGAAUUUCGUUCCAAAGAAUGCCAAACUUGAAGAACCCGCAAAAGAUGAAGUCAAUUUGGAAGAGAACACAGACACGCCCCAAGAAGAAAGCAGAGGGAAUUCUGUUCCAGAAGAGGCUGCAAUUCAAAAACAUCCAAAAAACCCGAGUUUGCAAUCCUCGAACAACGACGUUGUCAUGAAAGUGCCAUUCUCUUGGAAAAAGUUGAAAGAAAAGCUUUGGGAAGG